UCUGUCAAAGAAGGCUUGACGUGUUCUUUCUGUAAACGGUUUCUACUAUAUGUACAAAGAAUGUACUGCAUCAGUGGCAAUUUCCAACAAUCUAUCGAAAAACUUGUUACUGGAGUCAAAAUUUAUGAAUGAAACUGAAUUUGUGUUGUUAGUGAAUUCUGGUUGAAAUAAAAUGUCCGACAAGAAAAAAGUUCUAAUAGCCGCUGUUGGUAUUUUCGUGUGCUACUUCUACUUCGGUAUCAUUCAAGAAAAGAUAACUCGUGGAAGGUACGGAGAUGAAAUUCAGGAUGAUGGAACGCGUGGAGAACGCUUUACGUUCAUGCUGGCACUGGUUGGAGUUCAGUGUAUCUGCAACUGGUUAUUUGCCAAAGGGAUAAUUAUGGCGAAACCUCAAAAUCAAGAUACAACACCAAAUGUGUACUACGCAAGCAGUGCACUGACUUAUAUUUUAGCAAUGAUUAGCUCGAAUAUGGCAUUGCGAUGGGUGGCAUACCCAAUGCAGGUGGUAGCCAAAUCGGCCAAACCAAUUCCUGUCAUGCUCCUUGGUGUUAUGUUCGGAAGAAAAUCCUACACGUUGCAGAAAUACUGCUUCGUGCUUCUGAUCGUCAUUGGUGUCGUCUUGUUUAUGUUCAAGGAAGGGAAAACGAAUGAUAGUCCAUUAGAGAGGGAAGGAUUGGGACAGCUGCUGUUGAUUAUGAGUCUCACAAUGGACGGCCUGACGGGAGCUGUUCAGGAACGGAUGAGGCAACACAGCUCACCGUCGGCACAACACAUGAUGCUGGCGAUGAAUGGUUGGAGUGCACUCUUUGUAAUACCGGCAUUACUAAUCACUGGCGAGGGAAGCGAGUUCACUGCAUUCGCCAUUAAAUAUCCACAGAUGUUGACACAUCUGGCAACACUGUCACUGGCCGGAGCUCUUGGGCAGUUGUUCAUUUUCAUGAUGGUUUCGUCGUAUGGCGCGCUGGCGUGUUCAGUGGUCACAACUACCAGGAAGUUCUUUACUGUACUUUGUUCCGUUUUGUUGUUCGGCAACAACCUUUCCAGCCGUCAGUGGUUCGGUACGAUACUAGUUUUCUCGGGUUUGUUCGCCGAUAUGUUCUACGGGAAAAAGGGGGCUGCUAGUGGGAAACAUUCAAAACCUAAAAAAAUUGAGGCUGAAGAACCAUUGAAGUAGGUAGAAAGCCGAUUCGGAACGAUCGUACAAUAAAGUAGUUGAUAGAGAAUGAUAGAAUCCCAUUUCGUAAGAUGCACUGUUGAUUAGCUGUGAAUUGGUAUUAGUUAUUAGUUCUCUCUUCCAUUAUUUCGUAUUCGUAAAAAUAUCACAAAUGAAUAUGGAAUAUUUAAAAAAAAUCAUCUAAAUAUAUUUAAGAAAUAUAACACAAAUUCGUCGAUUUAUAGCUCGAGUCUAUCAUUUGCAAUAGUAACAAUGUCAAAUCUCUAAAGCGGUGAGCAUUACGUAUUACACACUUAGGAAAUUUCGCAGAAUUCGGUAAUUUUUUACUGAAUUUUCAACAGCUGAACGUUCGGUAAUCAGUUCGGUAAUGGAAUUGAUUACCGAUCGUUCGGUUAUUGCUGAAUUGUCAAACAACAACCGUAAACUGUAAACCAAAUAGAUCUAACGAAUGGUUCGGUAUUUUUUGUGUUUGUUUACUUUUAGUUAAAAUUCUAAAUUUGGAUGGAUUUUCGGAUUUCAAUAAAAAAAAACGUGUUUAAUCCACCUA